AUGUUGAGGCAGUUUAUAUUAUCAAUUGGAUUAAUACUAUCCAUAUGUAUUGCUUCACAAAGUUUAUACACAUUUUCACCAGAUUGGGAAAAUACUCAUUAUAUGCGUACAAUUGAUCUAAGUAAAUCAUAUGUUAAAGAAACUGAUUUAAUUGAUAUAAAAAAUAUUGCAACAACUCCAUUAAAAGAAUAUAUAUAUACUAUAAAUGAUGGAUUUGAUAGUGUUGAUAAUUUAUCAAUGAUUUCUUUUCAAUUAAAUGAUCAAUUAAUUGAAAUUCCUUUUGAAAUUAUAGUACCAAAUAAAAUUUAUAAAUUAAAAUUACCAUUACCUGUAUCACCAAAUUCAAAUUUAGAAAUUAAAGUAAAUUAUGUAUAUAUUAAUCAAUUAAAAUCAAUACCUUCAAAAAUCAAAUUAGAAGAUACUCAACAAUUAUUAUUCAAGACUAAUAAAUUUCCAUUUUCUCCUUAUGUUACAAAGGAUUAUACUAUGUCAUUAACUGGAAUGUCAAAAGGUCAAGAAAUGGAUUUAAAUAUUGAUGAUAAAGUAAAUUCAACUGAAAAUGUACCAGUUUUAGAACCAAGAGUUGAUAAUCAAUCUUUAAAAUAUGGUCCUUUAAUUGAAGAUUUACAUCCAUUUACUUUAAAACCAAUGGGAUUAAUGUAUGAUCAUAAUAGACCAUUAACUGAAGUUAUAAAUUUAAAUAGAUCAAUAUGGUUACCUGGUUCAAAUGUAAAUAAAGUAUCAAUUGAAGAAUAUUAUGAAUUAACUAAUUCUGGUGCACAAUUAUCUUCUGGAUUUAGUAGAGUUGAUUGGAUGAAAGGUAGAUAUGAAGGUACACGUAAUCAUUGGGCUUUAAGUCAUUUAGAAUUUCCCUUGGUGAAUAGAGAUCUUGAUGAUUAUUAUUAUACUGAUAAAGUUGGAGUUGUAUCAAGUCAUAAAAAAAUUUCAAAUCAUUUAUUAUUACUGCCUAGAUUCCCCAUAUUUGGAGGUUGGCAUUAUAAUUUUACAUUAGGUUGGUCAGAAAAUUUAAACAAUUUUAUUCAUAAAAUAAAUAAUGAUGAAUAUAUUAUUAAAUUUCCAAUUUUAAAUACUUUAAGAGAUACAGUUUAUGAUAAUGUUUAUUUAGAAUUUUAUUUACCUGAAGGUUCUAUAUUUGAAGAUGUUGUUUCUCCUAUACCUUAUACUGAUGUUACAGUAUCAAAUGAAUUAUCAUAUUUUGAUGUUUCAAAAGGUCAUGUUAAAGUAACAAUACACUACAAGGAUUUAUUUGAUGAUAUUUUUAAAUUAGAAGUAUUUUUGAAAUAUAAAUAUGAAACAGUUAAUAUUUUUAUUAAAAUUGGUAAAAUUUCAGGUUUUGUAUUUAUAGGAUUAAUGAGUUAUUAUUUCUUAAAUUUGUUAUAG